UAUUUAUAUAUAGAUAGAUAUGUUCAUUUUAUCGUUAAGGAAAAAUAUUUUGAGAAUCGACAUAUAAUUUUGUAUAAUUAUUUUUUAGAUUGUCAUAUUCUUAGAAGGUUUUUAUAUAGUUUUAGUUAGCAAUUUCAAGAAAAAUAGGUUUAGUAUUUUAACAUUUUAUAUUAAUAUUUCUAUUUAAACAAAAUUAAUGAAGGUGAACGACAGUAGCCAAGAACAAAAAUGGGUUCGAACGAAGGUGGUAGCCGGGGAUCACGUCAUCAUUCCCAAAAUCGAACUAGAGGACGCAAACGCAGACGCUUUUCUGGAGAGUUACGUCUCUGACCUCACUACAAUCCCGUUGGAUACCUCGAAGCCAUUAUGGGAAGUUCACUUACUUGACUUAAAAACGUCAGACGCUCAAAAUGUCGUCGUUUUAAAGAUUCAUCACUCGGUCGGUGAUGGUAUGUCUCUAAUGUCUCUAGUCCACGCUUGUACGCGUAAAACAUCAAACCACGAAGAGCUCCCGAGUUUACCGAACGAGAACCGACUGUCAUCAAAAUCAAUGGCCGGUUAUUCCCGGUUAAUAUGGAUGGUUAUGUUGGUUUGGAAUACCCUUUGUGAUGCAUUGAAGUUUAUUGCUACGACAAUGUUUCUUAAGGACACUGACACACCCAUCAAAGGCGAUUUCCGGCUAAGUAAGAGUAAGCGGAUGUGUUUGGUUCAUCGUACCGUAGAUCUUGAAGACAUUAAGCUCAUUAAGAACGCCAUGAAGAUGGUAAACUUUCGACCAUAA